AUGAAUCAACCGGCAACACCUAGCUACUUGACUGCGGCAUAUUACCGAAUACUCGAGGCUGGCACUUCAGGAAUGCUACUCAUUGCGAGAUGCCAAACAUACUCGGGUAUCUUAGCAUUAAUGAUGCCAUACUUUACCUUGGGCAUCUAUUUACCACUCCGGACAUCGACCGGAAACGGAUUUGAGACAGUCAAAACCAAUCCCAGCUACAGACAAGAGAGGCGGAAUUCCCCCUCUUUCCACCUGGAUAACUUACCAGAGCUUUGGAGGGCGAUACAAAAACCAUCCCGAGACGUGCCUCCGUCUGAGGGCCACUGGAUAGAAAUGCCUAUAACUAAACUAUACCGUCUCCCGCAUCUGUACCGUUUGACACAUCUUAUCGGCGAGAUCCCGCGAAAAUAUGCAUCGGCAGUUAUCUCAUGCCUAAACAAUGCCGAUAUCUGUGGCGAUCUUGACCACACAAUCUUAGCGAAGGGCAAGGGAGCGUCCUAUUUGCAUACAUACAUCGGCAGUUCAUGA